AUGGUGUCUUCCAGCAGUGAUUAUUCUUCUAGCUCUUCUGAGAAGGAUUCCAGGACUUCUGCAGCCAAAAUGCGUGCCAAUACGGAUCAUGCUAAGAAGGCGAUAAAUAGCAUGCCCCUCGACAAGUUGAAAGAUGCUCGUGAUGAUCUCUUGAAGAGGAAAGCCAAGAAGGAGGCAAUUGCUGACUAUCGAGUGAAGAGACACAGAAUUCAACGGAAAACACAAGAAGCAGAGGAGAGACUCCGAUCCCGUCCUUAUGGUGUAGCCUCAGAAUCAGAUGUUGAAGAAGAGGAACCUGUAUUGAAGCCGAUGGAACGCAAAAUUAGGCCAUAUCCACCACACAGAGAGAUUGAGCGGCAGGUCAAGGCUGAUCUUCAAUCUGAAUGUGACGAAGAGGACCACUGGAAUACAAUAAAUGGUGAUCUCGUCGAGGAAGAGUUCUCUAGUUCAGAUAGUGAUUCUGAGAAAGAGUCUGAAGAGGAUUCUUCAGAGAAUGAUGAUGAUGACGAAUCAGAUGACUCUGACGAUUAG